UUCCAUUCUACUCUCCACUCCAUCUACACGGCAAGACCAAGCCAAGACUCCAGCAAUGGAAUACCGGGUCUUCUGUCUCUUUGCCAUCGCCCUCAUUGUUGGGUCUUUCAGCUCCGCACAUGGACAGGCUGCUCUAACUCAAGAACAAUGCACCGUCCAGCCAGUUGCCAGAGUGAACUGUGGAGAAUCCGGAAUCACCCCAACUCAGUGCUUUAACAAGGGCUGCUGCUACGACAGUUCCGAUCCCGAUGCAAUCUGGUGCUUCUACGCCCGGCCAAAUGAUGAAUGCCUCUUGUAAACGGGUUCUAAGCAACACUCUGUAGCGGUCUCUGCCAGUGGAACAAAGCAACAUGGAACAAUUGUCUAAUGUUUACAUAGACAGAACAAUCCGACAACUCUCUCUGUCUUGAUCAGAUCUCCCAUCGUAAAAGACUUUCCCUCCUUAUGAAUGUAUCACAGCCAGGCACUUGUGUAAUUUAAUAAAACUGCAAUUGGAAA